CGUUACAAGCAACCAUACCAACAUUCUAUAGAUCACAGCGAAUUCAAAGAAUAACUAAAGUUUUUAAGGUGUGUAGAACAAUAAGCUUACGUUUUACAUUUCAAAUCUGAACAAAGCUACUCAAACCGUAGCUUGAAGUCUGUUGACUGGAUUAUUGGAUAUUGUGAAGGACUAGAUCAUCAGUUAAACAGCCAAUAAUGUGGAUUGCGAAAAAAUGUUUAACAGGAUUUAUUUUAGUGUGUUUGGCUGUCGCGAUUUCGUCAAGUGAUGUGAAAUUGACUGACAAUAAGUAUGACGGUAUAGUCAUGGCACUCUCCCCAUAUCUGUUUGAGAAUAAUGUCACCGUGAACGAAGGUAUUGGGAACAUCAUUAAUAAGAUUCAGGUUUUUCUCAAUGUAGGAUCAGAAAGCUUAUUUGAGGUAACAAGAAAGAAAGCUUAUUUAGGGAAAGUUACAAUCUUGAUUCCCAAAUCCUGGAAACCGAGCUCAGACGAUUGGAACUUUCUACCAGGAGUGAAAGUAAAUCCACCUGAAACGGAGUUGUAUCAGCUGGCGGAUAUUUUCAUCGAACCGAAAGGAGGUGUGUCUGGAGACAUGCCUUAUACUCUUCAAUACAGUGGUUGUGGCAUACCAGGAAAAUAUAUACAGAUUACAAAGGCUUACCUGUCAGAACUAAAACCUGUCAUCGCAAAUCACCCAAAGUUUAAAUCAGGAGGCCAACAUUUGUGCGUCAGUGGGCGAAGUACCGCUAUGGCGUAUUCGACGAAACUGGCUAUGCAAAUGAUAAUAUGUACCCAUUGUAUUAUGGAAUUCCCGGAGAGGGAGAAUCUGUACACAUCACGUCCUGUGCGAACUCUAAUGUCUCGUACAAAAUUCAGGAUUCAAAUGCAGAGGAAUGUAAACCUUCCGUGGAUCCAAACAAUGGACGACCCAUUGGUAACCAGUGCUUUCACAAACCAAAUGAAGAAAAUGAAAAUGUGCUGUCUUCCAUCAUGUAUUACUAUCUUUUACCUAACGCAAACAAUUUCUGCGACAAUGGAGACAAUGCUCAUAACGAUAAAGCUCCGACAAAACAGAACGUUCUUUGUUUUGGUAAAAGCACUUGGGAAGUUGUAGAACAAAACACGGACUUUAAAGAAACAAAGGAUGUCGGUAAGACGACAUCUUUUCCAGAACUUCGUUUUGUUCAAGAAGAAGAUCUGAGAAUUGUAAUUGCCACUGAUUGGACAAAUAAGAUGAAAGAAUUUAAUAGAUUUCAAGCUAUAAAAGAAGCAGCCAACUAUUUCGCAAAAGACCAAGCACCACCAGGGACUGAACUUGGUCUAGUCGCUUAUACAAACGAAAGCAAAAUCUGGACAGAAUCUUUGAAAACAGUACCAGUUUCUCUAUCCUUUUAUGAGUUGGCUUCAAACACCCAGUCAGCGUGUAUGAGUUGCACUGUUAAAGACUGUAUAAAGGUUCUUUCAUCUAGUGGUAAAUCUGCAGCGGGGGGGAGCAUCGUCAUGGUAACAACAGGUGAAAUGGAUAAAAAAGGUGUUGAUACAAUUAGUGAAGUACUUGAGAAAGAGAAAGUCAGACUGUCUUUAAUACUGUAUCCUGCUUCCGAAAAUGCUAAUCCUGAUUUAGUGAAACUGGCUCACGACACCAAAGGCCGUACUUUCCAAAUCAAAGAAAAAAGUUUAGAUGAGUUUACAACAAUAACAUCAUUGCUUGAGCUACAUCAGGCUUUUCAGGAAGUUAUCCGUGGGAACUCGUGGGAGGCAUCAGACAUUCCAGUUACGAUUGCUUCCCAGUCCUGGGCUGGGUCAGUGAAAAACAUCGCAUUCGAGUUUACUGUUGACAAAACUGUAAGGAAAGACCUAAGAGUUUCAUUUUAUGGGAGAGACUUGAGUGACCCAGGAGAGUCACCAAUUGCUCUAAGUAGCUUGAAAUUGGUCGACCCAAGUGGGAAAAUAUUUGAUAGAAGUGAAAUCGUUAACAAUAGGUACUUCACUGUCCUAGGAUUUAAUGAAAAAAAAGCAGAGGCUGGUCAAUGGAAGUUUUCGGUGAAUGUUAGAAAAACAACUAGUUAUCCAUUUCUUCUUUGGGUAUCAGCUAAAGAAUCAAGUGAAAAAAGAGCAAUUACUGCUAAUGUUUGGCUUAGUACCGAAGAAGAGAAAAACAUUGGUGGGCUGCCAAUUGUUUAUGUUGAUGUUAGAAGUGGCGUUUAUCCAGUUUCAAACGCAAAGGUGGAAACAAAAGUAGUUGACUCCAGCGGCAAUGAGAAGUCGUUUCAAUUGUUUGAUAACGGUUUAGGUGAUCCAGAUGUUACCCAGGGAGAUGGGAUUUAUUCCCGUUAUUUGACAGCCGUUUCUCGUAAGGGCUGGUAUAGUCUUAUCAUCUACGUAGAUGACAACAAUGGUGCAGCAAAAUUUCUGAAAGGUUUGGAUUCAGAUCAACCUUGUUGUGGCAGCUUCGUGCCAGAAGAUAAUGCUGAAAGUACUGAAUCAUUCUCAAGAAUAUCUCACUAUGGCAGACUGUACAUCUUACAUGACGAACUGAAUGGUUCACACCAGCCUAGUAGGAUCAUUGAUCUUCGGGUCAUAAAUUUGGAUGAACUUUCCAAAACAGUCACUUUAAAAUGGACAGCUCCUGGUGGAGAUCGUGAUAGUGGAAAAGGUUCAUAUUAUGUGAUAAAGUAUUUCGAUAACAUAUAUGAUGCAAGGAACCAAUUUGAAAGCACAGGAUAUGAUGCAAACCCUAAUGAUUCUCUGUUAACUCCAGAAGAAUAUGGAACUUCACAGCAGGAAAGCUUUCUCAUUGAAGAUUCUGCGUGGAAGGAUAAAGUAGUUUAUUUUGGAAUUCUCUGUGUAAAUGACAAAGGCCGUAAAGGACAGGUUUCUAAUAUUGUUGCAGCGUUUUUGAGAUCAUUUCCCGAAACAACAACUGUGGAAGAGAUAACAACUAUACAUAACAUUACAACAACAGAUCCGAACGACAAAGAAAAGUACGAUUCGGAUUCUAACUUAUAUUUGAUAUUGGGACUUGUUUUUGGAUUUAUUGUUUUUGGUCUACUUGUUUUACUAAUCGUUUUUCUCUAUUUUCGAAGAAGGAAGUGGAAAGCUGAGCGUGGUCUAGAUUAUAAAAAAAAUCAAAGUCAUUCCGAAAAUGAAAACAACACAAAUUUUCAUAGCAAUCAUAAGAAAGAUAAAGACGAAAUAUUUCAAUUACCUACACCUAUAAAUUAUCCAGAAAAUACCAACUAUGUCCAAAAGCAAAUCAACACGAAUCUGAAUGAUGUCACUGUUCAUUCUGUUACUGCUCAAGAUGUUACACCUAGCGCCCCAAACAAAAAUCCCUCAAUGUGGAAACACAAUUCUAUCUACGAAACUGCCACUGACAGUGACAGUGAUGUUUUAACACAUGGUGGUAAGAAUGGUUUAAAUGGACGUUUCGAUUUUCAGUUAAGCUCAUCGCCACUGAAUUCUUCCCUUCAGUCAAUUAAUGAAGUGGAUUUACCUCCUAAGUUUCCUUUGCCUACAGUAGUUUAGUUUUUCUUUCCGUUUCCAAAAUUAGUAUAGAUUAAUGCAACGUUUCAAGUUAACCCUAAAGUUUCAGUGUAUGACUUCAUUUUAAUAACUCUCCUCAGUUUCAUUUUCGUUCACUAGUGUUCUUUCCUGUCUUAGUUUAUAUAUCAGUUUAGUAUUACUGCCCACAUUUUCUUUUUUCAAUGUCAGUUUAGUGCAAUUGUCAGUUUGCCAUUCCCACAUAGUUUUGUGUACUUAAUACACCUAUCUUAGUUUGCCGUGCCCUCAUGGUUUAAUGUACUUGUUUCAUUUUACUAUAUAUAUAUAUUUGCAUCUGUAUACACGCCACUGGUUUCCACGUGCAACAUUAAUAUAUAUGUCCCAUGUCUUCCUCUCUGAUUCUCUUUAGUUCACUAUAUACGUAUCAAAUUCUCAUUUUAAAGAUCAUUACAGUUCAUCCAUGCUAUUUGUUUUCUUCUUCUUCAGAAGUCCAGUUUUGUAUUCUGUCUUUGGGUUAUUUAUCUUUUUGUAUAUGUGUUUCAGAAGUUAAAUGGUUAUGCCUAAAAUAUAUUUCGCUGAUGUAUUUUUUAUACACUUGGCUUCCAGGUUUCCCCUCUCACGUAUUAAUUAACUUAAUAUAGUUCAAUUGACCUCUUAAACUCUGCCUUCAACAAUAACUUAGUAGGUCUUUCCUCAAACCGUUUUUUCUAGUUAAGUUUAGGGAACUUAUUUUUCAUCUGAUAUUUUAUUAGUUGAUUUUCCUUGAUCUCCUUCUCAACAUAACUUGUUUCUAUUUUUCGCUACGCAAGUACCGCUUCAGCUUUGAUCGUUUAUAUAAGAAUGACAUACAAAAAAAGCUUCCACGACUGCAUGUUACCUACUAGAGUAAAAUUUUGAACCGAAUUUAAUUCAACAAAAGAACAGUACAUGCACUUCUAAGUACAUCUUCUGCCUAUUCAUCAUCAUAUUUUAGUGUACUAAAUAAAUGAUGAAAUCGGUGAAGAGAAUAAGAAGAGGAAAGGUUACACAGGAAUAAAGGUAGAUGGACAUAAUCUUCUGGCGAAAUCUUUUGUUACGAGUUUCUUAUAUACCUUCUUGUGAAGUUUUAGUUAUGGUAAUCAAUGAACUACACAUUGGUAUAGUGUAAAAAUAAAUAGGUAUUUGAAACAUCGUCCUCUAUACUUGU